UUUUAGAACAGUUUCAAUAUUCUCCCAAGAUUCAAACCAUCCAUAAAGCUUUAAAAGCAAUAUUAGCCAAAACCUUUUACGGUGGAACAGAUAAACAGAAUUCUAGAAAAUCAAUAAAAUAUUAUUCAAAAUAUGUUGAAGCUUUAUAAGACAAAAUAUACAAUAUACGUUACCAAUUUUAAUAAUAGUUCGAGUCCAAUACUUACUCUCAGAAAGAUAAAGAACAUUCAAAAAGUAACCCUAUUUUUUUAUUAUUUUUCAAUACAGCCCUGGCAUUGUCAAUUAAAAGCCCACCACUUACAUAUCUCUCACUCUCUGGAUCAUAACAUUGUGUUUGGGUUUAUCAAUCUGAGAGUUCUCCCACAGCUGUCGAGGCAAAACGUGUAAACAAAAUUUUAUUCAGUUAAGUGACGUGUACAUUCUCUAAAACAGUUUGAUAAAACAAGGUACAAAUAUAAUAUAAAAAUAAAUAAGGUAGUGAUAUCAAAAUAAAAAAUAUAUAUAAGACAAUAUACUAUCCCAAUUAUGGCUAGCACAUUUUACUAUUUUGGCUUUGGCAGUAACAUGUUGGCCAGCAGGAUUCACAUCCAAAAUCCGACUGCCAAAAGGGUUGGAGCUGGUAAAUUAGAGAAUUAUCGGUUGGAUUUUCAUACAGGAUCGAAAAACUGGCUGGGGGCACCUGCCACAAUUGUGUCCACACCCGGAGCCCAUGUCUAUGGGGCCAUUUGGGAGAUCGACAUGAGCAACCUGAAGGACCUGGAUGAUCAGGAAAGUGUAUCCGAUCGCGACUAUAUUCCGAUCAGCAUAUCAGUUUUUUCGCUGGCCAGUAAUUCCAACCUCACCUGUCGCGCUUACCACUUAACCAAUCAGCCUGAUACAAUAGUUCAUGCUACAGGUGCCCAGGAAUGCAUUCCCCUCGAUCGCCAGCCCUCUGAAACAUACCUCAAGGUGCUAGUGAAAGGAGCCAAGGAGACGGGUAUUCCGGAUGAGUACAUCAGUUGGCUCAAAGGCAUCAAGCACAACGGCCGAACGGUGCCGGCCAUGGAGAAUAAACUGCAACUGGACCAAAUACAACUAAGCUAAAUGUUCAAUUUCCUAUUUAUGGUAUUAUGAGUGAUAUUUGUUCCUGAGAUUUUCGAGAAAUUAUAGAAAAAUUAUAUAGAGAAAUGUAUAAAUAAUAUAAAUAUAUAUUUUAUA